AACGAACACAGCAUCUCAACAACCGUUAUCUCUGCCUUGCCACAUUUCCUCGUCUUUCCACUGUCAGCCUUUCCACUGACUGCGACACAACUACAUUUCAACAUGAUUCUCGAGCAUCUCAAUCUUAUUCUCACGCUCAAUGUCCUAGCAUUUCUGACUCUACCCACACUUGCAUUCAUUGACAGCCCCAUGGACUGGGUCUUCGUCCCCAACCACACGCGCGGCCUCGUAUGCCCAUCACUGCGCUACGGCUGUUGUCCAGACCUGAACACAUGGCGCCACGGUUCACCUUGCGAACACCCAAAAGCGACAAAGAAUCCCGAAAGCUGCUACAAGAGGAAGGAGUGGGCGUGUUGCCAGGUCGACGAUGACACGUUCUCUUGCACGACAGGCUUUCAGAAAGACAAAAAGGACGGAGCAUACGGAUGGCGUUCGGGGACGAGUGAGAAGUACUUCGGUAUAGGGAAGGGCGCGUUGACGGUUCAGGAGAAGCAGGCACUGGGGCGCAGCAGCUAAUGGCCUGACAAGAGGAGAGGGAUCUUGCAGAUGAAGAUGGUGUUCAUGACCUCCGGAUCAUGCUUGUACGAUGUGCACCCGGAUCCCACUGUCAUUUUCGUAGACAGUCGCAAU